AUGCCGAACUACUAUCAACAGGAAAGUAGCGAGUGUCUCAAUUCGUCACGAUUCGAGAACAAAUGUGGUCUGUCCGAAGAUCUGAAGUUUCUGGCCAGCAUGCCGGAGCUGUGUGACGUAACGUUUUUAGUUGGUGAAAACAAGGAACCCGUAUGUGGCGUGAAGGCGAUACUCGCUGCGCGAAGCAGGGUCUUUCACAAGAUGUUGUUCAUGCCUUCAUCAUCGAAUACAAAGAAGCGGUCCGGGACGGCCGACUUGAAACUGAGCAUGCGCAUGUUUACCAAACGAAGCGACUCGUUGCCAAACCUGCAUCUCAUUUCCAAUAACACUCCCAAGACGAUAAUCAUACAAGAGUUCGAAGCUGAUGUUUUUCGACAGUUAAUUGAAUAUAUCCACACGGGAUGCGUAACUUUGCAGGCAAGGACGUUGUUAGGUUUGAUGAAUGCUGCCGAUUAUUAUGGUUUGGACGAUCUGCGCCGUGCUUGUAUGGGGUUUAUGCGAUGCUGUAUUAACAUCGAUAACGUAGGAGCACUGCUCUCAUCGGCGGAGAAAUAUAUACAGUACAAAGCGACUAAAUCGAUUGUACAAAGGGUAUUGGAGUAUGUUGAUGUAAAUGGUGACGAAGUGCUCAAUCUCCCAGCAUUUGCAACAUUACCCGAGCACGUGGUCAGGCUGGUGUUGUCACGUGACGAACUAUGUGCCAAUGAACUGUCGAAGUUUCGGGCGGCAAUAUCGUGGGCCACGCGAAACUGUCAGAAAAACCCACACAUUACGCUCAAAGAGUCGAUGGCAGUGUUUGUAGAAUACAUAUCUUUUUAUCACAUUCCAACCCUUGCGCUGAUGAGGGAGGUACGUUCUUGUGGAGCUGUUCCAGACCAGAUAAUUAUGAACGCACUGGCGUAUCAGGCUGACCCAUCCAGCGUUGAUCCCGCGAAAUUCUCGUCCCCGUGUCGUCAAAGCGCCGCGCUAGGCAAUCUCGCACCCCGCGAGAUAUCACCUGGAACUAAUUUUGUCGAGACGGAUGCUGUGAGCAAUAAAACGUGCAGUUUGGAAACGCUCAGUUCUAUGGGUUCUGAUAAAACAGAAGAAAGCAGAGGAAGUGAAGACACGGAGUAG